AUGAUGCUUGAUCCACGAAAAAUGGAAGAGUUUAUCGAACAAGUUCGUUUGACUCCUGCAAUUUGGAGAAAAAAAGAAUUUGGUGUUUCUCGAGAACAUUUGAAUGAAAUUUGGGCACAUUUUGGGCACACUUUCGAUAUUUCUGCAGAAGAAGCAGAAAAACAGUGGGAUUAUUUGAUUCGCCUUCACAGAUUUAUGAAUAAAGAAGCCUCAAAAGAGAAAUUUCGAUUUGGGAAAUCAGAAGACGUGGAUUCAUGGAAUGAUGCAGACAGUUCAGUGGCAGAUGCUCUUUCUUCGUUUUUGAAAACAUCACUCGAUGAGCUUCUUUUAGUUUCUGAACCUACUGAAACAUCCGUUUGA